AUGCAUCAAUUCGCGGUGUACACGUUCCGCCGCUCCGCCGACCGUUGGAUGCCGCUCAAGCUCGUCUUCUGCCACGCCAACGCUGACGUGUGCCAGCAGUGGUCGGACCGCAUCCUCUCGCUGCUGCGCGCCGACCCGGAGCGCCCUAGGAGCCUCUUAGUGUUCGUGAACCCUAUUGGCGGGCGGAAGAAGGGAUUAAAGACAUGGGAGGCGGUUCGACCCGUGUUCGAUCGCGCAGGAGUCGCCGUGCAGGUGGUGGUAACCAGCCGUCGCAACCACGCGCGCGACAUGCUGCAGAACGCGUCGGACAAGGAGCUCUGCCAGCUCGACGGCAUCAUCGUCGUGGGCGGCGACGGGCUGUUCAACGAGGCGCUCAACGGGCUGGCGAGGCGGCGCCAUCGCGCCUUUCCGUGCGUGCGCCCCGCGCGCCUGCGCCUCCCGCCGCCCUCCACCGCCCCAUGCGGUGCCGGCAGAAGCGGGAGCGAGAGGGGAAGGAUUGGGAGCGCAGGGAAGGAGGAGUGUGGAUCGAAUAGAGCUAGACUGGCUAAGGAUAAUGGGGUAGGCGCAGGGGAUUUAAGAUUAAGAGGUGGAUUGGGAAUAGGAGGCGGUUUGGGAGCCGAUUCGGGAGCAGGAGGCGAUUUGGAGCAGCUGCCAGCGUGGCAGGGUGCCACGACAGCAGAGAAAGAAGAAGAGGAGGAGAGGGAGGAGGAGGAGGAGGAGGAGGAGGAGGAGGAGGAGGAGGAGGAGGAGGAGGAGGAGGAGGAGGAGGAGGAGGAGGAAGAGGGGGGAGAGGAGAAGGAAUCCCAGGAGCGUGUAGUUGUUUCAGAUGGCGACACUGCUUAUGCUGAUGAUGUUGGCGCUGCUGGUGGUGCAGGUGUUGGCCCCGCAGGUUCGGACCGAGCCUGCGCUCCAGGUUUGGUGAGGAAGCUGACGCUCGGCAGGUUUUGCAGGCAGGAGAGCGAGUUGGAGGCGGCAGGUGCAGUGAACCUGGACAUGGGCAGCGCAGGGCAGCCAUGUGAAGUGAAAAAGAGAGGAGACGGGAAGGAGAGCGGAGAGGAGAGAGGAGGGGAGGACGAGGAGGAGGGGGAGGAGGGAGGAAGGGAGGGGAGGAAGCGAGUGGGGAGCAAGGGGUGGUUGGCUGCUGCGGGGUUGAAUUUGAACAACUGGCGACGCAAUAAUGACAAGGGCACACACACAUUCGGGCAAACCGGCGGGGGGCAUGCUGACGUGGACGGCGAUGAUUCGCCGAGAGGAGGCGGCAGGGGUUUGGACAUCCCUGCAGGGUUAAAUACUCCUGGUUUAGAGACUCCUGGUGUCUUUAAUUUCCAUGACGGCCUUAAUACCCCUGCUGGAUUAAAUACUCCUGCCGGGUAUGGGUAUGACACUCCUAAAGGCUACUAUGCGACUCCUAAAGCUGGAUCGUACUAUGAGACUCCUAAGCCUGGUAGUGGCGGCUCGGGUGGGUAUUAUUUCCCGACUCCCAAGGAGGGGGGCGGUGGGGCGAAGGGGUUUUACGAGACGCCCAAGGCGCAGCAGGCUCGGCGCAGCUUCGGUCGAAGCAGUUUUGGUCCGGGGGUCAGGAAUGCAACGUUUUUGAGUGACUGGGGGACGGUGCGCGAGGUGGAAGAGGGGGAGGAGGAGGAAGGUGGGGAAGGGGAGGAAAGGGCAGGAGUGGGGGAGUGGGGAAGGGGAGUGGAUGAGUGGAGGGAGGGAGGAUUUGGGGAGGAUGGCGGAGUGGGGUUGUGUCUGCCUAGGCGGCUGAGGAUUGGGAUCAUCCCUGCUGGCUCUACAGAUUGCAUUGCCAUGAGUCUGUGCCGCCAUGAGGUGAGGGAGAGGGUUGGAGUGGAGUUGUGUCUGCCUAGGAGGCUGAGAAUUGGGAUCAUCCAUUCUUGCCGGAUCAAGAGAUUGCAUUGCCAUGAGUUGUCAUCGCUUACCCCUUGUCACCGCACUGCGCCCUCUUGUCUUCCCUCUCUUCCCCUUUGUCACCGCACUCAACCCCUUUCUUCCCUCUCAAUCUUUGUCACCGCACUGCACCCUUUCUUCCCCUCCUGCAGCCUCGUUGGUUCCCGUGACCCCGCCACGUCAGCACUGAAUGUUGUGAUUGGCCGACGCACUCCUAUGGAUGUUGUGCGGGUAACUUCCUGGAAACCCGCCACCUCCUCUUCCUCCUCUUCAUCCUCCCCGUCCUCCCCCUCCUCCUCCUCCUACGCCCCUUCCUCCAUCCCUCCGGCGGCCUUCUCAUCCCAACCACCACUCAUCCCUUCCGAGCCUACAUUCUCGCCGAACCUCCCACCCGAACCUACACUCUUAACCUCGGGCCAAGCCGCCGUCCUAGCUUCGGCAUCUCCCCUUUCCUCCUCCCCCGCUUUCUCCUCCUCUUCCGCCCCCGCUUCCCCCUCCUCCCUCUCGUCUUCCUCCUCUGCCUUGUCCGAAUCGUCGAUGACUCGGCUCCAGGUUGGCGCUGACUCAGCAGCUGAGAUUGCUGAGUCAGCACAACCAGCAAAAGCAGAGGAAAGAAGAGGAGAAGGAGAAGCAGGAGAGGAGAGAAGAGAGAUUCAUGCAGCAACGGAAGGAGCAGCGGAAGGUUCCAGGAAGGAGGGCGAGGAGCAGCAGAUGGAGUGUGAUGUCCGAUAUGCCGCGUCAUUCUUCGGAUACGGCUUCUAUGGGGCAGUAACGAAGGAGAGCGAGGCGCUGAGGUGGAUGGGACCUGCCAGAUACGACUAUGCGGGAUUCAUGACUUACAUGCGCCACAGGUCAUACGAGGCAGAGGUGUCAUUCUUCCACGUGCCUGAGCCAGAUCAACCCUCCAUGCAAAGGCGAAGCACCACGGCCCGUCCGGAGAUCUGCACCGUUGGAUGCUCGGUGUGCGCCAACGGCCAGGAUCUCUCGCUGCUGGCGCGAUCAGCCCUGGGAUUCGAGGCCUUAGGCCCAUCACAGUCAGCUGUGGGUCUCAAUACAGACCAUGUAUUAAUCUGUCCGUCCAUCUAUCCACCCACUCGCAGGCAGCUGCUGUGUCUGGCCAUCAAGGGAGCUGAUCCCCUCGACUUCCACUUCGUCCAGCACCACAAGAUCCCCUCGACUUCCACGUUGUCCAGCAUCACAAGCGUGUUCACAUUCAAGGCCAUGGGGGAACAGGGCUUUUCAAAUGUGGAUGGUCAACUGGUGGAGGCGAGUGAGCUGUCAGUCCAGACCCCAGCGUUCACAUUCAAGGCCAUGGGCGAGCAGGGCUUCUGGAAUGUGGAUGGUGAACUGGUGGAGGCGAGUGAGCUGUCAGCACAGGUGUUUCCUCUCACCCCCUUUCCCUCCAUCAUCCCCACUUCCCACCCCCAGACCCCAGCGUUCACAUUCAAGGCCAUGGGAGAACAAGGAUUUUGGAAUGUGGAUGGUGAACUGGUGGAGGCGAGUGAGCUGUCAGCCCAGGUGUUCCGAGGGAUGGUGGACAUGUUUGGCAGCGGACCGGACGUGUGA